AUGAAUCCCCACCAGCAGAACAAAGUCGAUGUCAGCGCUCUGAGCCCCGACGAGCAGCGUCUAGUCCGUCUCUACGGCAAGAUGCCCAACAAGAAAGAUUUACUCCAGAACAAGCUCAAAGAACGCAAGUACUUCGACUCGGGUGAUUAUGCCCUCAGCAAGGCUGGCAAAGCGUCAGACGUCGGAGUUACGAGCAUUGGCUCCCGUCAUCCUGUGCCAGAGAACAUCCCCCACCUGACCGCGACCUCACCAGGCGCAAACAACCCUGCUACGGCCACUGGCACCAGCGGUCCCGUCAACAGCCAAGGCCAACAGAUUCCUGGCAGCAUCAGUGGCCAUCCUGGGUCGGUUGGAUUCCAGAGCCGUAGCCCAGUGAAGGAAGGGAGCUUCCUGCACCGGGGGACCAGCAUCAGCGAAGGCUCCGCAGACCCCGACACAGAGCAGGCUGACCAGGCAAACCAGGGAGCUCAGAAUGAAGACAAGGAUCCUAGCGUCAGUCCCCCACCUGUGCGGGAAGGUGUACCUAUCCAGCAAUGA